AUGCUUAUUCCCAAUGGCACACCAAAUAAUAGCACACCGAACCAUAACAUUUCCUCUAAUAGUGAAGGAAAUAUUUGUUCGUUAUUGUUAAAAAGUGUGGAUGGUGAACGAAUCGAUGUCUUACGGUCUAUUCUUGCUCAAAUUGCCUCGAAAUCAGAUUUCCACGAGCAAGUAGAUCAGAUAUGUUACAAUGGGGGAACAGUAUUGCAUUAUGCAGUAGCUCGAAAUUCGGUGGAUAGUGUGCGAACGUUGCUAUCAGCAGGUGUAAACCCAUGUGUUCAGAAUGAUAAUAAUAACACAGCGUAUCGUAUGGCUUCUUCUGAAGAAGUUAAAAAUGCAUUUGUUCAAGAAUUAUUGCAAGCCGCUGCUCAGUCAAAUUUGGGCCGACUAUGCCAAAUGAUAUCAGCUGGGGUUAGCGUGGAUUCGAUUGAUGCUGUGGAUACUGGUAAUACAGCAUUGCACUGGGCAGCAUCUUUUGGAAAUGAAGAUGCCGUGAGGAUACUAUGUCAGAGUGGAGCAAACGUCAAUGCAUUAAAUACAAAGAAUGAAACAGCUUUACAUGACGCAGUACGUCGAGGAAAUGAUGUCGUUGUGAAAUGUUUGCUAAGCCAUGGAGCAGAUCCAAAUAUAAAGAAUAAAAGUGGAGAGGACUGUUACGAAUUAGCUAUAAAAAUGGGGGGAACUAUGUUGCCUAACUUGAGUUUGAAUACAUUGAGCCGCACAAUUCAUCGCACAACCUCCAUGGACUCAGAAAUUGAUCGUUCUUCAUUAAUAUCAACCGAUACUACAACGAUGUUUGCAGAAAAAACGUCAAAUUAUAGUACUGGUCGGUUAGAAAGUUGGACCGAUUUAUUAUGGCCUCAGCCAAAAUAUAUUGAUUUGGAUGAAAGGAAACGCACUUAUCCAUAUCCAAAAGAUGGUCGUUUAAAAAUCUAUUUUGAUAAAGCCAGUGCGGCAGAACCACGGCGAUUAAUGCAAAUUAUCCAGAUGUCAGCACCUAUCCUUUCAAAUAUUCACUUAGAAUUGGAUUAUAGAGGUCAUGGAGUUCGGGAGCAAUCUUCUUUAGAUGGCCGAAUUACGUGUGGGGUUUUUGAAAAUGGCUAUUGCUCUGGGACGUAUACAUUAACAGUUAGUGAAGAUGGCAUAGAACUAUAUGGAGAAGAUCAUAAUGGCGUUCGACAUGGUUUUUCUACUCUUGUGCAAAUACUGAGAAUUUUUAAAGAAUGUUCUGAGAUAAAUAAUUCAAAUACCGAAUCAUUAUUAGAAACACUGCAUGAAAUGCCGCCUGAGUCUAUAGUAAAAAUCACUGGCACUGUGAAUAACGAACAAGCAAGGAAGAUCGGUGCAAUACCUUGUUUAACGAUUCGUGACUCUCCAGACUCAUACUUUCGAGCUGUUUAUCAAGAUUUCAGUGGUUGCAAAAUAUUGAACACAGAAACUCUGUUGCAAUUUGUCACCCGUAUUGCUUACUGUAAAGCGAGUCACUUAUUCGUGAAUUUCGAAGUGCGAACCACUGAUCGUUAUCAGUUACCUUACACGACUCGAGAUUUGUUUCAAAUAACGCAAGUUUGUGACGAACUUUUUGUUAAGUUUGUGCCAUCUCUUGACGUCCAGUCCAGUUGUAUUGAAUCAGAUUUGGCCUGUCGAACCAUCGACUCGUUUUUGGAUGAUUUUCCACUCGCGAAAGUUGUACAUUUCGGUCCGAAUUUGGCAGUUAUGAUUGUAUCAAAUCGAACAAUUCUGAAUAAUGUGCAGAGAAGAAUACCGAGAAUAUAUGUUUCAAUGGAUAUCGAUAAGAAUAAUGCUUCUUUGAUCAAUCACUUACCACCGUUCGUUACAAUUUGUGUAGAAGGGAAAUAUCCGUUUGAGGCCGAAAAUUUGCUUUCACCACAUCUGAAUGUCGUUUUACGGUUUUCGACAAGCGAUCCUGGUUUUCUGUGUGCUGCUCCUGAAUCUGUAGCUAAGAAAGCCUUGCUUGCUACUAGAUUGGGCAGCAAAUUCCCAAUUUUAGGUGCAAUGGUGUGUGAUCUGUCAACCGGUUGCGAAGUAAUGCCUCCGUCAUUAUCAUAUAUGUCUGAGUUAGCUUCAUUGGGUGUUUGCUGGAAUAAAUCCGUUGAUAUAAAGCGUUUUUGUUUCUUAUUGCCUCGAAUAACGGCAGAGCACUUUCUUUUGAAUGGUAGUAUGGAGGUCUUGUUUAAGCAGGUGUCUACCAUUGGAAGAGUUGAACAUGAAAUAACACGAUUCAGUUAUGGAUUAAAAGCUGCAGAGAGCGCUGGAGAAGUGCAAGAACAUUCGUCGUCGCCAUCAUCAAAUAAGAGAAAGCCGAUUUCGGUAUUUGUAGAAAUGAUACUAAACCCAGAUAAUAUGGUCUUAGAACGAUUAACUCCAGUCAUUUUUAAGAAAGCGCGGAUAGAAUUAAAACGCAGUUUGAGAACACUAGAUCGGGCAAAAAAAUAUUUUCCUUAUAACUAUGAAUUGGCACUUGUGCUGGCCGAGAUACAGAUCAUCACCGAACUUAUGAUUCUUGCUUGCAAAUUGGGUCAGUCGCUUUGCACAUAUGGUAUAAAUCCAUCAUUAUCACCAAAUGAUCAAAAAGCCUCAUUUUCAUCUAGUGAUAGACUCCAGGAAACAAUGCUUAUCGGUUAUCAGAUGGUUAACAUUGGAGUAUCCAAUUUACCACCAGCCGUGCGCACUGACCUUGCCAAUAGACUUCUUGAAAUUCGCAGCCGUUUCCAGCAUACGUGGCUGUCACGGAAUAUUGCAAGUACUCUUCCGAACGCUUUAAAAAUGUUUGACAAUCUUUUUUGUGCACUGCUUCCACCAAACUUGCAGGAUUAUGGGAGGAAUUUGCUUUGA